AAAUAAUUGGAUUUUAAAUCCAUGAAAAUGCUUUCCGUCAGCUGAAUCGCUUAUACGGAGCUACAACGUCAUGUUACUCGAACCUGGAACGAUAGCUCGAGCGAAAUCCGAGUCGAACUUCGAAGAUUCGUUGCCAGCGCGCGGCGUAGCAAAGGACCGUGUCAUAAUUAAUGUAGGCGGUUACCGCCACGAAACGUAUUUAAGCACUCUUAGAGUUGUUCCAGACUCAAGGCUCGCUUGGAUAGCUGAAAAUGCCUCAAAACAAGCCGAUUACGAUCCAGAAAAUAACGAAUAUUUUUUCGACCGUCACCCUGGGGUCUUCGCGAAUAUUAUCAACUACUACAGAACCGGGAAACUACACUGUCCGAGCGAUGUUUGCGGGCCGUUAUUUGAGGAAGAGCUCGCAUUUUGGGGAAUAGACGAGCUUCAAAUGGAGCCUUGUUGCUGGAGUAAUUACACGCAACAUAGAGAAGCGCAAGCAACACUUAAAGCAUUUGAAGGACUGCAGAAAAGCAUGGAGGAAUCUGAAAACGAAUGCAGUGCGUUUCGCGUUCGACCUAAAGUUUCAAGGAGAAGUAAAUUGAAAAAAGAGAUUUGGGCGAUGCUGGAAAAGCCGUACUCAUCUAAGUACGCUCAGGUAACCCUAAUUAAAUACGCCACUGCCGAAUACAAAUAGAAAAAUAAAUAUAUCGAUAAGGUUUUUUAAAAGCAAUUUUGCCCAGCAAGAAUCUUGUAAAAGAUAUCAGGCGCCUUCUUUUUUUUUGUUGUUUUGUUUUUUUCUCUUUAAACUUCUUAAGGGGAUUCAAAGACGCAUUUAAUUUGCAUGCAAUCGAUCGAACUACCGAUGCUUUUUUAAAUGGAUUACGGAAACGAUAUCAGCAGUUUCCAGUUGAGUUUUACAACCGUUUGAGUUUGAGGGUGCAUAUUCUGGGUAAAUUGCUCCAACAAGUUAAGCAAGCGACCGUGGGGAUAUUAUUAUCGCUCAAAGCAUUCGCUGACAAAUGUUGUAAUUUUUUUUCUCCGUAUGCAAAUUAGGAAAAGAUAGUUGGCAUUUUGACUAUUCGAGUGGGUAUGUUAUUUUCAACGUGAACUUAAAAGCGCUGUUGAACUAACAGCAAACGUUUGUUUGCUUGGUAUCAUUGCUUUGUCGGAGGCCCCAUCAAUCAGCAGAGACAUGCGGCAUACAUGUCUUCGUUUUGUUGAAACCAGAAUCUAUCGCGAAAUAUGAUUACAUGUAUUUCAAAUUAAUUAACAUGGUUGUCUCUAGUGUAGAUUUAUUAUAUAUCUCUAGCAUCGCCUUUCGACAGUUUACUUUCAUAAGGCAAAUACUUUAAAACAUAAUUUUGUUGCUGUUAAGAAGGCUGUCAAGAGAUAAAACCGCUACGGUCCCUGGCCUGGCAACGGAGUACUGUGUUAACAAUUUUGGUAUAUUUCGGGGACCUUAUCACAUAUAAGAAAAAAGAAAAUAUUUUAUAUUUAAUAUUCAGCAUCUCUGAUUCAAAUUUCCUUUUUUGUCGCUAAAAGUACAACGCGUAAAAAAAGUCGAAACAGAAUCACAUUUAUAAUCAUAACAUCCUUUGAUUUCAAACUGACUGGCACUCAAUUUCGAAAACCAUCUCUGAAAGCUUCGACAAGUUCUAAAUCUUUCGAUCUAGCAGUAUUUUUAUGUAAACAUUCUUGGACUUAGAAUUGUAGACUAGUAAUUUUUGACUGUUCUUCUAUUAUUGUUUGGGUUUUUAUAAACAGUCAUGGUUACGUUGCUGCCUAUCUUACUCACGUUUCUGAGCCAUAUAUUUGCAUAUUAUUCAAACACACAGGAAGUCUGACCAUUGACUUGCAAAUGUCUCAGUACUAGUCUGGUACAAAUAUUAAUUUAAAAAGAAGAAAGAAAAAUUGAGCCACAGAAUCGUGAAAACGUCCUGUGCUAUGGCUUUCAGUUAUAAGAUAUCACUCCGUUUUAUCAUUGUCUGGGUAAGGUCGCUGCAAAAAUACGACAUUCAUUUGGAUUUGUUUGAUUCUUUAAGUAAAUUGUUUGAUUUCAAACAACUAUUAAUAUGCAGCGUAAAUAUUACACUGCCAUUCACAGACAUGAGUUUUGUAUUCGUUUCCAUCGUCUUUUGCUUAAAUUAAAACUUAACAGAUUCAGGUAAUUGUACAGUAUUAGUUUUAUCUCGCAAAUAUUGUAUAUUCAAUAAUUUGUGAAAAAUUUUCUGCGCAUUUUGAAACUAUUACUUUCUUGCAAAAUAGGGCUGCUGUUUUCAAAUGUGCUAGAAAUGUCCAUUCAGUCACGUAAAAAAACUGUAGUUUUCACUAGCUGCUCACACUAUUGAUCAAUACUACGAGAAGAAAUUAAGAUGGAUCCGGACAUAUACUUCUUUAUUGCACAAAAUCGACUAGACUCGGUUAGGGCAAAAUAUUUGUUUCAAAAAGUGCUCACCAUCUCAAUUUCUAAUCCAUUUUUAUAAGAUUUAUAGAUUUUCAUGCAAUAACGUCCCAAGUGAACUCAGAAAUACUCGUCCCUUGAUGCAUCUAUAUCACUUACUUCACCUAUUUCCUUUUUCUCGUCGAGUGUAAACUUUUAAUCAACGUGUAAUAAUCUAAAUAAUAUCUCUGGUGAAUGAUAGAAAACGAACUUGUUUUUGAGUUCGUUAGUAGACAGUUAUGACUCGAUCGCGAGAAUACAAAGUUUGGGUUAAGUCUAUUUUCCAUUAUGAGUAAGCACUGACGUGUUUCCCAUGCUGGUGGUUCCAACGCGUGAAUAUAUGACAGCACGCGCGCUCUCUUUAAUUUAAAUUCUCUCCUAUUAUCGCCGCUUUUAAGUUCAAGUAAAGUUUGGCAACUUUUCAGUGGAAACAAAUCGCACGCUUGGUUAAAAGCAUCCAUUGAUUGAAAUCAUAACUUAACCCUUUUGAGAGGGCACUGGUUAAAAUAUUUUGUAAGUGUGCCAGUGUGAGUUUCUUUAAGCAACAUUUCUGUAAAAAAACUGAAGAGCAAUUCCGGAUUGCUCUAAGCCUCUGUUUCAUAAUGAGGUAAUUAAGCCAGUUUUGCGAAGUUUUUUUUGUGAAAAUGUUGUUUUCAAGCGCAAAUAUCAGGUGUAACUUUUGUUUUCACACGGACGACCUCAGUGCAAAUGAAUCAAAAUUCACUACAGUGAGCGUAGUCACAAGUUAGCAGAAAGGAAAAAUGGGGUUCCUUCAGUAAGCUUUUUUUUUGCUACAUUGUAACUUAGUCUGUUUUAGUGAAGAGAGUGGUAGAUAAGACCCUUUUCGGCGCCAGCAGAACUUUCAGCGAAGUUUACCUGUUACAAAAUUCUUGCUUUCCGAACCCUUUAAGCCCCAAUGUACACCAACCAAUUCUCCAGACCUAAUCUCCAAACAUUUCUUUCAAGAAUUUCCUGUUUGGUAAUCGUAUUAUUAUUAAUUCCAUAACCCUUCCUCUUGAUUAUGUAUUAAUAUAGUUACAAGAAACAAGAAAAUUAAUGUUGGUCACUCCUUGGACUAAAGAAUUGUAUUUGAAAAAGGUCCUUCUUUUAGUAGUGUCUUUCAUUUCUAUAAUAGUUACUGAACGUAAAACCGUCUAAGCUGAUAAAGAAAAGCGAAGCUUUCGCGCGAGCUUGUCUCUAGCGAGCUGGAUUUGUUUUGAACCUAUUUCGUAUACACCUCGAAAGAAUUAUGAGACAUAAACAAAUGUUUUAUUGAUAUAAGCCGCGAAAGUCAUUAACCACAGCUGAGCUAACCAUUCAAAUCUGUAGGUGCUAUUGACACGGCGCAAGACUUUAUCGGCGUGGUUCCUUCGUGCAUUAUUAAUGAGAGCCAGCUGAGAAGCGAUAGGUUGACGAGAAAAUCUAGCCCUAAUGACUUUAUUGAGCACGAAUUUAGAAAGAGAGCUUCGAAGUAUUACAUUGUAAUCGAGCUAACGUCGACUUCUUAUAGCAACCUAUUUGCAAUAAUGUAGUUCAUUAUUUGCUUAACACAAAGUGAAAUAAAUUCCUGUAUAUUACAUUUGUGCAAAAGCCCACAGACUGACGCACGCGUUUGUUUUGCUGGGAUGUUAAUCCAAGGAUACGUCCUCGGCCAGAACAGUCCCAACUUGUCAUUGUUGACAAAUUUUGGAUUUAAAAGUCAGUGUCAUGGAAUAUGAUGCAGAAAAAAUAUAAACAACGAACUGUUUUGAAAACGAAGUGUAAAUAUUAAGGUGAAUUUUUUGAAAUGUCUUUCAUUGGGUUUGAUAAAAAUACCUUAUUCUUGUAUGAAAAUCAAAGUUACCCUAUUUACAACAUGUGUUAAGUAAUACAAUCCUGCUAAUAUUUACGAUUUUCUCGAAUUAUGAUUAUCUUUAUAGUAAGUCACAAUGAUGAUAUUAUUAAUGUUUGUAAUAACGAUGAAAAUGAUGAUAAUAACGAUAAUGACGACGAAGAUAAUGUCAAUGUUUCAUUAGCAUUAAGUUCUCCGUCUAAAAACUCUUUCUAUUCUAACUCUCCGAGUUUUUUAGGAUGGUUCUUUAGGUAGCUAGCAUAACGUUGAUAGCGAAGCUCCACACGAGCGGAGCCCCAUAGCUAAGAAAAUUUGGUUACCCUUUAGUUAGUCACGUGACCGUAUACGUCAACCCAUCCGCACCACAGGGAAACCGAUGUGACAUGUUACACUUUCUAGCUAGUGUAGGAGUAUGUAAUUUGAUAUUGCACAUCCAUGUUGUGGUCAAUCGACAGCUGUCAAAACAGGGUAUCCACUGACCAGUAUCACAUGACCGUAUCGCGGGCUCAGGUGUCGACCCAUCGAGGUAAAGUGUUCUUUACGUUUACCGCUGACAAACUUCUAGUUUUCGACUGAUCGCAGGCUUAACUCUAAUUGGAUUUCUUUAUUGCAAUUUUUUUUUUCCUAAACGGGAGCUUCGCCUUUUGCCUCCGUUAAAUCUUUAUAUUAAAUUAUGUAUUUUUUUGCCUUUUAGAUAUUUGCUUUCAUAUCCUUGAUAGUUAUCGUCCUUUCAGUGGCCACAUUUUG